AUGGAACUCAAGCUUCUCUUGACCCUUGGCCUCGCCGUCGUGCCCGCCGCCGCCGCCGAGACCGUCCUGGGCAUCUACGUCUUCCACCGCCACGGCGACCGCACCGCCAAGAAGACGCCUCCCGUCCGCUUCACCGACCUCGGUGCCCACGAGGUUUACACCUCGGGCCUGCACUACGGCGAGCGCUACGUCCGCGACGGCGCUGCCGCCCGCAUCCGCUCCAUCAGCGCGGACGAUGUCCUCCCCGAGCAGCUCGCCGUCACUUCUCCGAGCGAUGUGGUCCUGCAGUCCUCGGCCAACGCCUUCCUCCAGGGCUUCUACCCGCCCACUGGCGCUGCCGCCGCCCUCGCCAACGGCUCCUCCGUCGAGGCGCCUCUCGGCGGUUACCAGUACGUCCCCGUCAGCGCCGUCGCCACUGCCGCCACCAGCACCGACGCCGAGAGCAGCGAGUGGCUCCAGGGCGGCAGCGGCUGCGGCAAGGCCGUCGUCAGCUCCAACAACUACUUUGCAUCCCCCGAGUACGCCGCCCUCGACGCCGAGUCCCGCUCCUUCUAUCAGGGCCUGCUGCCCGUCAUUAACGCCACUUUCAACGAUAAGGCCGCUACCUUUGAGAACGCUUACACCAUCUUCGACCUCAUCAACGUCGCCUCCAUCCACAACGAGUCCAUCCCUGCCGCGGACUUGCUCACAAACAGCACCAUCCGCACCCUGACAGACUAUGCCAACAUCCAUGAGUGGAACCUUGCCUACAACGAGUCCGACCCCAUCCGCGCCGUCGCGGGUAAGGUCCUUGCCGGCCAGGUUCUGCAGGGCCUCAACGCGACCCUGCAGAACGCCGCCAAGUCGGGCUCCGUCAAGGCCAACAUCCAAUUCGGCGCCUACGCCACUUUCUCGUCCUUCUUCGGCCUCGCCCGCCUGCACGACGUCUCGGACGACUUCAAGUCCGUCGUCGACUACGCCUCGUCCAUGGUCUUCGAGCUUGUCACCAACGUCACCUCCGACGGCGUUCCUGCCGCUGACGAUGUCUCCGUCCGCUUCCGUUUCGCCAAUGGCUCCUCCGGCACAAACCCGCUGACGGCUUACCCGCUCUUUGGACGCGCCGAGACCAUCCUGCCCUGGGCCACCUUCACCGAUGAGAUGCGCCGCUUCGCCAUCCAGGACACCAAGGAGUGGUGCACCGCGUGCGGAAACUCUACCGGCACCUGCGCCACGGCCCUGGGUCUGGACGGCACCGCCGACUCAAACGGUUCUGGUUCCGGUUCCGGUGGCGGUAGCGGCAGCGGUAGCGGCAUCUCGACGCCCGUUGCUGGUGUCAUUGGCGCCCUUGUGACGUUGGUCGUAAUUUUGGGCAUCCAGGGUCUGGUCAUGCUUGUAGGCGGUUUGCGCAUGGUUAAAAAAUCCAAGAUCGCCAAGGAUAUCUCCGCUGUUUCCGCCGUUGAGGAGACUACUGGUCGCAAACACUAG